CUAGUUAUCACUGCCUGGGUCCUGUCUUUUGUCACAGAGUUCUAAAAACAGUCCGUUAAACGAAGAGGGAGAGAGAAAUCCACAGAGAUAGAAGAACGAGACAGCUUCUGCUGGACAGAUUUAAGAAAGUCUCACCCCACCUGUCUCUCUGCCCCUUCUUUAUUUUCCUAGAGGAGACGACAGGAACUGAACAGACCCACUUCACACGUCUGCUCUCGCUCUUAUUGGGUCUCUGUCCUGAGAGUGUGCCUUAACGACAACUAUACACUUGUCCAUUCUUGUGAAUGUCCUGUACCCUGUAACUAUGAAGGCCACAUAUGUGCUACUUUGCGUGGGUCUGGUUGUUCUUCCUGCUACAAUCUGUCAGUCUCCUGCUGAACGUGACUCUUACACAGAGUGUACAGAUGGCUAUGAGUGGGACGUGCAGACUCAACUCUGUCGAGACAUAAACGAGUGUGAGACUAUCCAGCAGGCUUGUCAGGGAGAGAUGAAAUGCUUUAAUCACUAUGGUGGUUACCUGUGCCUUCCAAGCUCUGCCUCUGUGAUCACCGCACCUGAGCCCUCCAGCCAAUCAGAGCCCAGUGUGCCUGUGGAGAGUAAUGAGGCCUUUAACCCCUGUCCCGUAGGCUACAGGGCCCAAGGAGAUACCUGUGUGGACAUUGAUGAGUGUGAAUUGGACAUGCAUGACUGUCAACCCAGCCAGGAAUGCAUCAACACUGUGGGAACCUACACCUGUCAGUGCCCUGACGGCUACAGCAAGAUUGGCAUAGAGUGUGUGGAUAUCGACGAGUGCAGGAACAGGUACUGCCAGCAUCGCUGUGUGAACGUGCCAGGAUCUUUCUCUUGCGAAUGCGAGCCUGGCUUCCAGCUGGCGGGAAACAAUAGAUCCUGUGUUGAUGUAAAUGAGUGUGAGAUGGGAGCACCUUGUCAGCAAAGGUGCUACAACAGUUACGGUACGUUCCUGUGUCGCUGUGAUCAAGGCUAUGACCUGGGACCCGAUGGGUACUCAUGCAAUGAUAUUGAUGAGUGCAGCUAUUCCAGUUUCCUUUGCCAGUUUCAGUGUGUGAACGAGCCUGGAAGAUUCUCCUGUGUUUGUCCAGAAGGUUACGAGCUAGUUGGAACACGACUCUGCCAAGAUGUGAAUGAGUGUGAGACAGGCGCUCAUCUGUGUGGCGAGGGACAGGUCUGUGUGAAUAUCCAUGGUGGACAUAAGUGUGUCAGCUCCAACCGCUGCCAGGACCCCUACAUCCAGGUCUCAGAGAAUCGUUGUAUAUGUCCUGUGGUGAAGCCAGGGUGUCGUGACCUGACCUUCUCCAUUGUGCAUCGAUACAUGAGCAUCACCUCUGAGCGCUCCGUUCCCUCCGACGUCUUCCAGAUCCAGGCCACCAGCGUCUAUCCUGGAGCCUACAACUCCUUCCGCAUUCGUUCUGGAGACGAAAAUGAAGAAUUCUACAUACGGCAAAUCAACAACAUCAGUGCCAUAUUGGUGUUGGCCAGGGCAGUGACGGGACCGAAGGAGUACAUCCUCGAUCUGGAGAUGGUGUCGGUAAAUCCUCUCAUGAGCUACCAGACCAGCUCUGUUCUGCGCCUCUCCAUUUAUGUUGGGCCUCAUGCUUUCUGAGGAGAGAGAGAUUGAGUCUAUUUCUGCUUUUAUGUUUUGAAAUUUGGAAACACAGUUCCACAAUUCACCACCUAAUGAUGUGAAAUCAUCUAUUUUGGUGGCUGACUUUGGCCGCUGACUGCAGGCCUAUUCUGGGAAGCGCUAAAGCAUCUGAACAUUCAUUCGUCUCACUUUGUCAUUCUCACACAUACAAGCAGCAUACAAACACAUACAGAUGCAACACGCUGCAGAUAUAUCAGAAAGAUAGAAUUAGUUAUUAAGACCAGCUAAAAAAAAUAAUUAUAGAAUUAUCUAACCAAAAUGCAAUACACAUUCCAAAAUGCUUUUGUAAUUAUGUUUAUCCAGUGUAAUCUCAGAAAACAUUAACAUAUGAAAGAAAAAUCCAG